ACAUAACCUAAAAACCAUAUCAAAAACAACACUGAGUGAGAAGGGUUAUAAUGUUAUUUGAAGCUAUAAAAUUGUAUAAUUAAUUUGUAAACUUCUUAUAAGACAUAAUGGAAUUAGAAAUACUUCAAAAUUCUAAAGCCGAACCACUAAAAAAGACAACAAAGCUAUCAACUGUUGGAAAGACUUUAAUUUAUACCACUGGGGGUCUUGCACUAGGCGUUAGUAUUGUUUGUAUACCCUUCGUUUCGCCAGCCUUGAGGAAGGUUUGUUUGCCUUAUGUGCCAGCUACAACGGAACAGCUUGCUGGAGUAACCAAAGCAUUAGCUAACAGAAGUGGAAGAUUACUCGAUGUGGGUUCUGGCGAUGGCAGGAUUGUAUUCACAGCUGCGAAACUAGGAUUCAAAGCUGAAGGAGUAGAACUUAACCCGUGGUUAGUGUAUUAUUCAAGACUAGCAGCCUUGCUAAACCCUGCCCAUCGUGGCACCAAGUUUUACAGGCGGAAUCUAUGGACAUUUGACUUAAAACCUUAUAACAAUAUUGUGAUCUUUGGUGUCGAGCAAAUGAUGGAUGAAUUUGAAAAGAAAUUGUUGCAAGAAGCUAACAAUGGAACAGUUAUAGUCGCCUGUAGAUUUCCACUUCCUAGUAUGACACCAACAGAAACUAUUGGACAUGGAGUAGACACAGUUUGGAAAUAUGUAAUUAAAAGCACAAAAUAACGUAAGGCAAUAUAAUUUACUUAGAUAGUAAUAAAAAUAUGUACAGUUAUGUAUUUUUGAUUUAAAAUCUACCACUUCUUUUCCUUCCAGUGUAUUUUGUGUCAGGUUUGGUCUCUUUCCCUUGUUUCCUACGUCUCUCUUUCUUUUCUAAUAACCAUGCUCUAGUAUUCUUUAGAGGUUUACCUCUAGCCCCUCUGGUAGCUUCCCGCCUUGCAUAUUUAACUUGUAGACUAUUAUCAGUUUCAUCUGUACCUGAAUAUAAAAACAU